AUGACGACGCCCUUCACCGCACCACCGGCCGCCGUCUACUCCCCGGCGGAGAUCACCGGGGUUCUCAACGAUCUCGUCACCGCCGUCCAGGGGAUACGGCUAUACCUAGCUGGCCCCUACGGGCCGCCGGCUGCCGCUACCGGGCCAACAGCCCUGCCAUGGUAUUCGGCACCCGCGGCGCCGACCGGGCCUCUACACCACCACUGGCCGCUUCAGCCGCCGCCCGCCACUGCGCCCCAAUGGCCGCAGUGGCCGGCGCCGGCCCUCGCCGCGUCACCCACGCCACCCGGGUCCUCGCCGCCACCGCACCCCGGGGCCACCGCGACGAUGGUCGGGCUGCUGCAGCUACAGCCAGCCCCCGCCACCGCCCCGAUCUGA